AUUCUCCGCAAGUCCCUCUUCAUCAUCCAAACCUUUCCCCCCCUCUCUCCCUCUCAACCAGUAAAACCUUCUCCCAGUUUCCUUAAGGCCCCUUCUUCUAGCUCGCUCGCUCGCUCGCUCACUCACUCUCUAAAGAAGAUAUGGCGUCUCUCUCUACUUUUCACCUCUUCUUCCUCACCCUCUCUCUCUUUCACUUCGCCUCAGCUGCGAGGAUCACCCCAGCUGAGCUAGUGCAAGACCAGCCCCUAACCCUAAAAUACCACAAUGGCCAUGUCCUCUCCGGCCGUAUUGCAGUAAACCUCAUCUGGUAUGGUUCGUUCACCCCAUCCCAACGCGCCAUCAUCUCUGACCUCUUCCUCUCUCUCUCCUCCCCGAAACCCACCUCCCCCUCAGUCUCUUCCUGGUGGCAAACCACCCAAACGUACCGCCCCGCCUCCUCAUCGCGCUCCCUCCGCCUCACUCUAAACAAGCAAAUCCUCGACACCUCUUACUCCUUGGGCAAAACCCUGACCAACGCCCAGCUCGUGGCCCUCGCCUCCAAGGGCGAUGAGAAAAACGCGAUCAAUGUGGUGCUCACAGCCAAGGACGUCGCAGUUGAGGGCUUCUGCUCAAGCCGCUGCGGAACCCACGGCUCGGCCCGCUCUGCCCACGGAACCAAAUUCACCUACAUUUGGGUGGGCAACUCCGAGACCCAGUGCCCUGGACAGUGCGCAUGGCCCUUCCACAAGCCGAUCUACGGGCCUCAGACCCCUGCCCUCGUCGCCCCCAAUGGCGAUGUGGGCGUGGACGGGAUGGCGAUCAAUGUGGGGAGCCUCAUGGCAGGGACUGUGACAAACCCAUUUGGAGAUGGAUAUUACCAGGGACCCGCCAACGGCCCGCUGGAGGCCGCGUCGGCGUGUCCCGGGAUUUACGGGAAGGGGGCGUACCCUGGGUACGCUGGGGAUCUAUUGGUGGACGAGGUGUCGGGGGCGAGUUAUAAUGCGAAUGGCGUCAACGGGAGGAAGUAUUUGUUGCCGGCUUUGUGGGAUCCUGAGACCAGCUCUUGUUCCACUCUGGUUUAGUACCAAUACCCUAGGGAAGAAGGAAAUAUAUGUAGUCCUGAUAUAUUUAUUCUUUGAUUAUUUUUUCUACUUGUAAAAGUAUAUAGUUGAUUCUUUAUCAAGAGUGAUUUCUUGUGUGCUUCUC